GGAGAGAUUACAUCAUGUGACCUCCUUUUUGCCCAUCUCCACGGCUACCCAACAUUGGAAGAAGUGGUUGGGCUCCACAUAAAGGACUUGAUUCCUUCUCUGCAGAUCCCUCCUCUAGGCAAAAGAAUCCCAAAGAACCUCAGGAUCCAGCGAGCCGUAGGCCGAUCCAGAGAGCAUAACUUGUUUCCUCUCAGUUUGAAGCUGCAAGUAAGCCUUCUGGAGGAGGACCAGGUGGCAGUGCAGAAAGGUGGUGUUCCGCAGACCAAAGAAGGUGGCUCUUUCACAGACUAUUGUUACUCUGCUACGGUCGUGGUUUUCUCUGCCAUCUGUGGUCUUAUUACUGUCCAGUCAGAUGGAACCAUCUGUGGCAUCAAGGAUAGUUUUGCUUUAAUGCUCUUUGGCUAUGAGAAGAAAGAACUGUUGGGAAAGAAUGUUACGUUCCUGAUCCCUGGUUUCUAUAACAACAUGGAGAGAAACAGUGACUGGUCUUUGCCAUUACCUCCUCUUGACAACUCCAUGGGGACAGAGAACAGCAGCUUCUUGGCUGCAUAUUUAGCAAGCCUUCUGUCAAGAGAUGAAGAGCAGAAGUCGGAACGAAGGCACAAAGACAACGGAUUAAUACAUGAUGAAACUAAGCAAAAGAAUGGGACUAGUUUAUUGUCUACUCCCUCACCUCCUGAAGUGGUAUUCACACCCUCUAACAGGCUAGAAAAUCUAAACACUGCACCCUAUGGCCCAAUUAAGCUGCCUUCAGAUGUUACUUGUAACUCACCUGGAACACCAACAAAAGAUGAGCCGUGGUUUGGGGCAACAUCAGACUGCAGGCAAGACUUUCAAAGCCACGUGGUUACAGGGCAGCUGUCAAAAACAAGCUUGAUGUGUGAUGCAAAACAUUCCAGCCUUGAGCACGUUGUUGUUGAAAACUGCCUGCUAAAUGAUGCUUCAUCCUUCCUUGCAAAUGGAACAAAUACUAUCUACGGUGUUUGUUCAGGAAAUAAAAUGGGUUGCAGUGCUUCUGCACCAGGAGUUGCCACAACCUCUGAAGAUGUUAAAGAAUCAGACACUGAGCUGGACUGUAUUUGCUCUGGUCUUGAGGUACUGGGUCUGAAUACUGGUGUCACGGGAAGCUCUGACAAUUGUUUAGGCAUUACUGCAGCUCUUGUGGGAACAUCCUCCUGUGAUGCAGUGGGCUUGACUGUAGGCGAUGUGCUAACUGAGGAAAAUGGUGCCUUUUCAACUGGGCAAGAAAAGCAGCUGCUGAAUGGUGUUGCCAUAGAAGACAGUUCUGGGUGGCUGGCCCCCCGAAGGCGUUUAGAAAACUCUGAAGAAUCCUCCAAAGCAUUUCUUGAGAAGCCUGAAACUCUUGCAGAGACUGUGGUGGACAAUAUUAACAGAAACCCACUGAAAAUCAAAGGCAGUCCUGAAGACUGUCAGUUGCACGGGCAGCAAAAUAUGGAGAGAAAAGUAACAUCGACCCCGGUGAAAAAAGGAGGAAGGCUGAACCCAGCAGCUCCUUUGGCCUUGGAGAUUCUGGAAGGCAGCUAUGCUGGGAAUUGCUGUCACAGAGAUGGUUCACAAUUAAGCAUACUCUUUGAAGUGAAACGUGUGGAACUGCAGGACCCUGCCAUACUUUUCUGUGUCUGGGUGGUGAAGGACCUUCUACAGAGCCAGAAGGAAGCUGCAGCAAGGACUCAACUUCUGCUCUCCAGUCUAGGAAGGUCUGCCCACUCUAGUGCAGAUCUUUCUACACAUAGUCUUGGAAAAGCCAUCAGAUCAACUGUACUUUUUGAGAAUUCCCAAAGAGCUGAAGAUCUUGAAGCAUUAAGGGCAUGUGAGGGAGAAUACACAAAACAUUACGACACUCUCAGUCUUAUUGGCAAAGGAUCUUUUGGCUUUGUCUGGACUGCCAGGGGCAAGAAUGAUCACCAGGAGGUUGUUGUAAAGUUCAUCUGGAAGGAGAGGGUGCUGAAGGACUGCUGGGUAGAUGAUCCUGAUCUGGGGAGACUUCCUCAAGAAAUUGCAAUCCUGUUGAAGCUGCAGCACCCCAGGAUCAUUAAGGUGCUGGAUGUAUUUGAAAACAAACACUUCUUCCAGCUGGUGAUGGAGAAGCAUGGACCUGGUCUGGAUCUCUUUACAUUCAUUGAUAACCAGCCAAAUUUGGAUGAGCCAUUAGUGAGCUAUAUAUUCAGACAGCUUGUAUCAGCUGUUGGGUAUCUCCAUGGUAGAAAUAUCCUUCACAGAGAUAUCAAGGAUGAAAACAUUGUCAUUGAUGAAGAUUUCACAAUUAAAUUAGUGGACUUUGGUUCAGCUGCCUACCUGGAACCGAGCAAAUUGUUUUAUACCUUCUGUGGGACAAUUGAAUACUGCUCACCAGAAGUGCUGUCUGGCAAACCGUACCAUGGCCCUGAACUGGAGAUGUGGUCACUUGGUGUCACUCUUUAUACGCUGGUGUUUGGCGAGAAUCCCUUCUGUGAGCUGGAGGAGGCCAUGGCAGCUGUCCUGAAUCCUCCUUGGCCUGUGUCAAAAGGUCUCAUGGAUCUCAUGGCUGGGCUUUUGCAUCCCGUUCCAGAGCAGCGCACGACUCUAGUGAUGUUAGCAGAGGAUCAUUGGCUGAAGCAGCCUGUGAAUGUGGGUGAUUAUACCUGGGAGGAUGUGUACAUCUGUGCUGAGACAG